AUGUCUAUAGACGCAACACAAAUCUUGGGCCGAUUAGCCAGCGAGUUCCAGCUGGCCGUCGAGCUGCGGCCGCUCACCGACGAGGAGGAGCCGAUUUACCGGCGCUUGAAAGAUAUCUUGAAUGGUGUCACGACUGAAGAUACGAAGCAAAACGAGAAUACAGGUCAAUGUGAGCUUCCCCAUCCUGAAGCCAAGAAAGCCGCUGUCGAGCAGAACGGCUCCACUUCAGCGCCCGUCGAACCCACCUGUUCCACGGAACCACCAGAAGAGGACUUCUCCCAUUUGCCUGAACCUACGGAAGAAAAUAUUAUUGCAGCAAUUACUGAGCUCGUCCAAGUCAAGAAGAUCAAUUUCGUCGACUGGAACGUAAUAGACGACAUUUAUCCGGAACUUGACGAGGUCUCUGUGAUGUUUGGCGGUUUGCCCGAUUCGCUAUUGAAGCCCUGCUUCCUGAAGUUUCUCGAAUUGCAGCUUCACGACGAAAAGCCCGGUUGGAUGCGGCAACACCUCGAGGAUUUGAUUCGUAUAUGGAAACGUGAAGUGAUCAGCCCGAUCCUGUUUGAACGCCCGACGCGGGUUCAGCUGGUCGCCAAAGUAAUCGUGCCCCAGCCUCCGGAAAAUAAACGCAAGCGGAAGGCCGCGGGAGCCGAUGUGAGAGGCCUAUUUGGCGUGGGAGCGCUUCUGCAGACGAUCUCUACGGGUGUUGGUGUCGUGGACGUGGAUGAAGACGUCCACGGCAAUAUCAUGCUGGGCGGCGAGCCGUUGACCUUCGAUUCUUGGGGAAAAUUGAACCAAUACGAAAAUCUGCCGAAGCCUGAGCCACCAACCCCCAGAGGGAGGCCAAAAUUGCCGACGAAGGAGGAGCUCGAAAAGAUUCGACGCGAGAAGCUCAUCGCGAAGAAAGCGCGCAACAAGGCGAGAAAAGCCGACAAGAUUGCGAAGAUGCGCGAGGGACUCGGGACUGACGCCGAGGCAAAUGAGGCCGAACCCGCUAAAGAUUUGGAAGAGGGUGAAGUGGAUAGCGGUGAGGAGGACAAACAAAAGAGCAAGAAGCGCAUCAAGAUGGCCAAAAACUCGUCAUCCAGCAGCUCGUCGUCGGGCUCAGAUUCCGAGGCUGAAGGCCAGGGCAGCCGACACCGCAGGCGAGAGCGUCGUAUGAAGGAGAGGAUGGGGCAACGCCCGAACACCGUGAAGAUGCCGAAAAUGCUGCAGGACAUGUACGAGCGGCGGAUGGAGCUGGUGGCGCUGUUGUCCCCGGAGCAUCGCAGCGCCUUCGCCUCGGUGCUCAACAUGGUGCUCAGCUCAGAUAACCGAAUGUCCAGCCAGACGAUCAGCAACAUGUUCAGCCAGAUGGACUCGCUGAUUCGU